GAUAUAGCCAUUAUUGGCCAUUCUGGAGUUUGCAUGCGCAUUCAAGGGGCAGCCUUACACGAACGCCUAAACGUAAACAAACAAAUACUUUUGAUGGCUCUAGGAGACGUUGACAGGUCCAAGAAGAUGCAAAAUGCACAGGAAAAGUCUCGAGUUGACUGGAAGUCUGUCCAGCCACAGAAGAAAGUUACAUUUUACGGACCAGUAAUUAGCACAAAAGCGGAAAAACUCCGUCCAGUUAGGAUAGACACCACCACAAGAAGACAAAAACCCACACUGAUGUCUUUAUCCAGUUCACCUUCCUUCAACCAGAUCUCCCAGUCUAAUAGGAAACUAAGGCACCAUAAGUCUAAAAGUAGUGAAACAAGACCACACGCAAAAAUGACUGUCAUGGGGAAUCAGCUAAAGACCAGACUUAAUUGUAAUCAUAUGAGACCAAAAUGUCAGUGUUCAGGUCCUCCUGCUAAUAAGGCUAAACAGAGUAGAGUUAAAGGUAAACCAUCAAUAGCAGAUGUUAGAGAGACAAGUCACAUUUUAACAUCAACAUGCACAGUACCCAGGGGUGGGCUCAAUGGAAGAAAAAUCUAUGCCUCAAAAGAUAACAGAGGAGGAAUAUCAAUAUUAGAUGCAAAUUGGAGACCAAGCCAGCUUACAUUUAAGGAGAAUGACAUGGAAGAAAGUAAAGGCAGACAAAAGACAUCUCCCAGUAAUGAAAAUGAGAGUAAUAAACAAAAUACUGAGGAUAUAUCAAAGAAGAGAGUCCAGUUUUCAGACAAAACAAAUUCUGGAGAUGUAUCACAUGAGAACCCUCAUGCAGAGACCAGCCAACGUAAUCCGAUGAGAAGAAAUAAUAAUCUGGAUGAUUAUGAAACUAGGCAUGAAAAAUCAAAGCAUCCAGAAAUGACAGGUAUAAAUGAAAGGCCAGAUCCUUUUCAAAGGAGGCAUAGUCAUAACAGUUCAGUUCAUGAUUCAGAAAGCCAUGAUGAUUAUUCAGAAAAAGAUGGGGAUGAUUAUGACAGCACUUCCUCAGUGUCAGAAAGCAGGAAUCCUGUUCAAGAAAUUCACCAGGAAAGAUGUACACUUUGUGAAUCUCCAAGAUUCAGAUAUCCCACAAGCCCAAGGUUCAGACGAAUGAACUCUGCUUCUGAUUUUGUUACCUCUGGAGUGAGAGACCCAGGAACUAGGUCCUUUAAUAUCAGUCCAUCUAGAAAAAAGUAUAAUGACGACUUGUGUGCAUUAUGCAAAAGACAGAGUCGACGCUCGUAUUCUGUGGAUGACAGAUAUUGCUAUCAUUGCGAUUCCACUGACUUAGAUUCUUAUGAUGCAAUAUGUCAUCAUAGACACAUGAAAAUACCAAGGGAUCAUGGCUUAAGAAAUUUCUUACCUAGGAGGCAGUCAGUUCCUGUUUUUUUCUCAGAUGGGGAUGAGGAAAUCUUGCAGAGGAAUCGUAUACCAUAUGAACCAAAAACAGAGUUAGUGAAAGACUUGAAGAAAAAACUUGAAAGAGAGUAUAGAAAUCAGGAUUAUUUGCACCACUUAGUUCACCACAGACGGAAGUGGAAGUCUUGGGAUGCAGAAGAUCUGGAGGAACUCCGCCAGUACAGAUCGCGCAGAGCAGAGAGGCACAGAUACUGGGAUUAUGAUGGUCCUCCUCAUAAAUGUGUACAUCAUUAUCUGCAGAAUGACAGAUUAUACUUGGAGCCAACUUUGACAAAUAAAGAAGGGAGGAGUAUAUGUGCCGAGUGCGGUGCUCCCAAGCCACUGGAUCCAAAAACUGACCCAUACCUUUAUCAUGUAACCUUGGGAGGACUCAAGAAGACAGAAGAUAAAAGUGUGCAGAAUGAUGACAAGGAAAAUGAUGAUAGAUAUUAUCAUCAAAGUGGAAGAGUCACUCACCAAGGAACUAAUAGUAAGAUUCAUCCAGGGAGGACUCCAGGUGACACAUCAAAGCAUGUUUUUGCAAAGUUGAAUCGAAGCAUUGACAACAUAUUUCCUGGUAGAUCUGCUCUGCACUUCCGUCCAAGAGCUGCUGACCAACUUAGGUAUCAGGGUCAUUUGCACAGUAAGCGUCAUCCAAGCAAAUCAAUGGCCUUGGUUGAUCACCUGGUGUAGCUUAAUUUUAUCCAAAAUUUAUGUGGAUCUUUCAGUAAAUUGAAAGUUCAUUGUUGGAUAUGUGUAAACUUGUAGCACAAAAGGACAGAAUGUUUAUAUUGUAGAUGGGUUUAACAACUGCAUAGUAAAUUUUAUAUGCACUCAGGUCAUUUGGAAGACACUUUGCAUUGUUCAUGGUGCCAUUACACUAUUUUUUUUGUUAAAGAUCUGCAUAUAACUUUGUUACAUUUAUAUUUAUGAAAGAAUCACACAGAUGCACACUCACUUGUUCAUUCACCAUCAUCUAGUUUCUUUUUUCUCCUCUCUCCUCACCCAUUCAGUAUCCAUCUUCCUUCCUUAUCUUACUAUAUCAUAUCCAUACAUUUGAGUACAUCCUGAUUCUAUAAUAAUGAAGUCAUUUAAGCUUUGGUAAUUUGUUAUACUGAAGAUUAACAAAAGGAAAGAAAAAAACAUUGUACUCUUUGCAUUGCAUGUAUGAAUAAAGCUUAGUCAGAGUAAGGUUUUCUGAUUUUUUUUCAAGAAGUAAUAUGCAUGAAGAUGAAAUAAUCUGUAGGUAUUCUAUAACACAGUUUUUGUGACAUAUAUUGAGUGAAUAAAAAAUCUUUUAUGGAUGUACAUGACAUGUAUUUAAAGUUUAUUAAAAGAUUAUAAUAAAAAAAAUAUAUGAAAAUAAAGUUUUAUCAUCACCCACUUGCUUUUUGCAUAUCUUAACUAACCUUUUAGAUUAAGAAUGCCCACAUUUAGAACUUUGUUUUUUUAUCUAAAGUGCAUGUUAUUCACAUGUCAAAAAAUGUGUCUGAUAAUUGUUGAUAAAAAGCAGUUCAUCACAUGUUCAGAAGAGAAAAGGGAACAGGCAUUAACAGCAAUGUUUGCUUUUUCUAAAUUAAAUGCUUAUUGUAAUAAGUCAUAAAUGGUUUGCAUUAAAAUACAUGAUAUAACACCUAGAACAUUACUUUCUCUCAUUUUAAGUAGUUUGUUUUUAAUGAAGUACAUAUGUCAGUAAAGCAGUUUUUGAAUAAUCAGUUGAUAUGAUUUUUCCUUCUGUAAGUCUGAAAUUGGAUAAUGUUUGCAUGCAGAGAUUGAAUCAAAGAAUCUUUUCAUUUAGAGACUUCAGAAUGAAUAGACUUCUACACAGAAGCAUGCAAUUGUAAACACUGACUAGUGAAAAGUGUUAAGAUUCUAUAUUAAUGCAGGAGUAUUACUUAUUUGGUUUGGGAGUUGGACUGAUGAAUGAUUGGGGAUUAAACUAAAAAAAAUAUGAAAUUUAAAAGAAGAUACUGAGCCAGUGACCCUCAUCAAGAAUUGCAAGCUGAGACUUACAAGCUUUAGGGGAAAGAACAAGAAACAAUCUCGAGUUCAGAUGGGAGCAGUUCACUGGGAACUACUGAACAUUUCUUCUUGUGCUCAUUUCUUCAGUGCUGGACAUUUCUUCUUGUAGGUUGUGUCCUAACUGUUCUAAGACCCAUAACCAGUUAGGAUCUUAUUGAAUGUGGAAGAUAGAGUGAUCAGUUUGAGCAACUUUUUUCAGAUCUUGCUGAAGUAAGAGUAAGAAUAAUGUGGAGCAGCACACAGUACAAGUGCAAUGGUAAUUCAUACUGACACAUGUACAUUAAUUAAAGUAUUACCAUAUAAUCAUAUCCUGAACAAAAAAUAUAAUUACUUUACACACAGAAUUGCCCAUUUGGAAAUUUCUCUCUUCUGCAAUGAUUAUUCCAGCAAAUUUUAAAUCAUUUUCUUAGCGCAGAUGUGAAUCCUGUGUUGAUAUACAAUGCAAAUGUGUUCACUGCCCUAACAGUCAAAUUUCCCUCAUUGUGAAUGGACAAUACAUUGCACUGCUGAGCUGCUAGUUGCCAGUUUCUACCAUGUGAAAUGUUUUCACUUGCCAGUUAUUGUGCACAUGGGCAGUAGAGAGCUGUUAAACAUAAAUCAAAAACAUCCCAGGGUUAUCUUGACCUACAGUGUGUUUUAAUAAUUUCCUGAAUGUCCACACAAAUACAAACACCGACAGAGUAUACAAUAAACAUACUAAUACCAAACUUGACUUGCUGUAGUCUAGUGUACUGAUAAACAAAUGACUCUGGUAAAAAUUUACCAGGCAUCAUUAGUUUGGAAUAAUUUUUUGAGCACUGUAAAGAGUCAGAUUUUGUUUUUGCUUUUUUGGGGGCCUUUGUUAAGAAGGAAAUUGUUAGACAUUAUAUAUGUUUUUACAAUUCUGUAUGAUCAAGACAGAGGAAUUGAUUUUUGUAUAAAAACUUGGGCAGAACAGCAGUCUCCUAGGGACUCAUGAAGUUAUUUGAGCCUCAUACAUCUAACAAAUCAAUUUGUGAUCUACCAGACACAGGUGUGGGAAGUUCAACCUUUCAUAACCUUUAGAUAUAUGUAUUGAUAUAUAUUAAUCCUAUUCUUAUAUAUAUUACUAGUACUCAGGUAUAUUUUCAUUGACAUAUGAAUAUUAGCUUUAUUGCUGGUUGCUCUUGCUCGCUUGAAUUGCUCUAUGGAUCAUUGUUAGUGUAUAUAGUGAAUAAACACAUUAUAUACAAAGAGGAAUAUAACUGUUUCAUUACCCAUUCCACCACAAGUGUUAAUUACUGGUGGCAUUUAUAUAUUCUUCAAAUAUUACUAGACUGUCAUGAUCAAGGUAUUUUAAUUUGAUUACUUAACACUGUAACCAUUAUAAGAAAGGCAGGAAAUGAUUACAAGUGUUCUCAUUAGACUUUGUUUCUUGUUUUUUGGGAGCUUUUCUUUGUCUUCAAUUUUCUUAAGCUCAUCCUAUGUAAAUAAGAAACCCAUGUGUAGCGUAACAGGCAAUAGAAAACACAUGUAGUUAUUUGACUUUAUUAGUCAAAAAAAGACAAUAAACUGUGAUGAAUGGGUAAUAAAUGUUCCAUAUAUAAUUUCUUGUAAUAAAUUGGAAAUUUUAUGAACGUUUACUAUCUUAGAUCAGAGUUCUGCAAGGCUAUAUUGUACUUCAGAGCACAUUCACCCCUAAAUUAACAAGAA